AUGGAAAGCCAAUCCCUACAACGCAAAACCGAAGAGCCGGCUUCCUCAUCGCAGUCUGAUUUUUCCAGUCAAUCAACGAUAAUUCAGUCGUUGGAUACAAUUCCAAAGGGGCCGGUUCAAGGUUGGCUGCAGGAAGCACCUUCAAUCAUCCGCUGGUUACAAGGCAUUUCGCCUUUUCACAUAGCAAAAAUUCGCCUAUCCAUUGAAAAAUGGCUAAGGGAGCUGGAGGAAACUGAGGAAACAGCUUUGCUUACCCAAUUGGCACAAUCUAUUUUCUCUUUUGCUGAAACAAAAGCUGGGCGGAAUUUUCGUCUAGAGGACAAUGACCAGCACUCUAAAAAGUCGAACAAACGCAUCUGCAAAGCUCCAGAAGCAAAACGCUCCCCCGCCUGGAAAGGGAUCAAAGCCCGCGUUGUCGAAGCAGUCGACGAAGAAUUGAAUGAAAAUGCCCUUACUAAAGCAUCGAGCGAAAUGCCAGAAGUUCGACUCGUCAUCAAGUCUCCCUAUAUUGGCAGUGAGGAUCUAAAAACUCUGAAUACAAGUAUUCGUUAUCCUUCACAAGAGCACAUGUUUGGUGUCGUCCAAGAUACUGUCAAUUUUACGGUUAAAACGAAUUUCCGAUUCGAUCGUGAGCCAAAUAUUGUAUCACUUGAGGACGCUGACCCCCGAGUUCUCACAUUAUAUCUAGAGCACCUCCCCCGAUCGCUUGACAACAAUGACGAAUUAAAGCCCACCUGGGCUGACGCAGAGACUAUCCUCAAUGGUAUUUCAUCUGCUCUUGCAUACUUAUCAAAGCAGAAAGUAAUCCACUACGACGUUAAGCCAGCAAAUAUUGCCUUUUCUCGUGAACGCGGCGCUAUACUAUUCGAUUUUGAUCUGGGUGACCAUCAAAAACCCAAAUACGGCGGCGGACACGGUGGAACAUUUGGUUAUCUUCCACCUGAAACCAUUGAACCAGGAAAAACUCGCGGAUUUCGCGGCGAUGUUUGGGCUCUGGGGGUUACAAUCCUUUGGAUAGUGGGCCGGUAUAUACCAACUAAUCCCAAGGUUGAUGAUGUGGAUGACUUCCACCGACCGAAUAGUAAUAUAUAUCAGGAGCUAGAGAGGCAAUUACGGCUUAUUGAUAAAAAGAGGAACUCAUUGGAUCGUGGUCACAAUGUUCAAGAUCUGGUCUAUAAAAUGCUUGAGCCGAAAAGUAAGGCACGGGUGGCUGCCGCAACUAUUCACCGAAAGCUACAGGGCGGUCCAUCGGCUAAAAGACGGAAGUAUAGCUAA